AUGAAGCUGAAAAAGAAAGAAAAAGUGAAAAAACCUGAAAAAGUUUCGGGCAUCCAGGAAGGAGCAAUUAGCAUCUCGCUCUUCCAUGAAGCAUCUAUUUGUCUAUUCUGGUUCGCUGUGCUUGCCGCUUGCCUUUCACUGUUGAAGGGAAAUGGUUGCAUUUGCCAUAGUGAUGGUAGUAAAGCGGUCGCUUUGGGUGAUUACUUUGCUACCUCCUUUUCAAAUCAGAGUAGUUCUUAUACAGGGCUGCACUGCAGUGAGCUUGAUUUCCAUUACACCUGUGAUAACAUCUAUUUUCAUCCUUCCGAUGUUUAUGAGCUGCUCAAACACCUCAAACCCUCGACUUCUGAACCCUAUGAUGGAAUCCCACCAAUUGUCUUCCGUAAGUGCGCCUCAUCGUUAUCUGGACCUUUGGCGCAUAUUUUCAACGUAUCCUUCAUGAUGGCUGAGGUUCCUGAGCUUUGGAAAGAAGCAUUGGUCACCGCUAUUCCAAAGGUCUUGCACGCUCAGUCUUGCGCCUCAUCGUUAUCUGGACCUUUGGCGCAUAUUUUCAACGUAUCCUUCAUGAUGGCUGAGGUUCCUGAGCUUUGGAAAGAAGCAUUGGUCACCGCUAUUCCAAAGGUCUUGCACGCUCAGUCUGUCGGUGAUUUCAGACCUAUUAGUCUCACUUCUACACCAGCCAAAAGGAAAACUGUUGUCCUGGUGUCGCAGAUUCAGAAUCAUUCCACCGGAACAACAUGGGUUCCUUCCCGGAGGGCAGCACGACUAACCAACCUUGUCGAAAGUGUAUUUCAGUGGUGCCCAGAUUUGAAUCAAGGUAAAUGCGUCAUUCACAUUGAUUACGCCAUUGACAUUGAUUUAUUCCAGGCUUUUGACAUAGUCAACCACCAGAAGUUAUUGCGAAUUCUUGAUAGGCUUAGGAUACGUGGCGGUCUUUUGAGAACGAUCCACGGAAAGACCAGCGCUUUGUUGAAAGAUUCACAAUUGCUACGAAGAUACGCCUUGGAACCUUUACGAGUCUUUACCUAUAAGAACGAUAUGAAUACCACACUAAAGGAAGUCCACACGCAAGUUAAAAUAGCGAAAACCAUCAACACUUCGGUGACACAUCACCUCUUGCAAACCAAAUGCACGAACGAUACUGGUGGCGAAAUCAUGCUCAUGGCACACCGAUUGCUGAAUACCAGUACAAUACAAUAUGAAACUUGA